AUGGAGGACGCAUUUGACGGCGCUAUUGGCAUUGAUCUCGGCACCACCUACUCUUGCGUCGGUGUUUGGCAAAACGACCGUGUCGAGAUCAUCGCCAACGACCAGGGCAACCGUACCACCCCCUCAUAUGUCGCUUUCUCCACCGAGGAGCGUCUGAUCGGUGAUGCCGCAAAGAACCAGGCCGCGAUGAACCCCAAGAACACCGUCUUCGAUGCGAAGCGUCUCAUCGGCCGGAGAUUCGACGAUCCUGAUGUCAAGAAGGAUAUGACCCACUGGCCCUUCGAGGUCAUUGAGAAGGAUGGCUCUCCCCUCAUCAAGGUUAACUACCUUGGCGAGGACAAGACCUUCAGCCCCCAGGAGAUCUCGUCAAUGGUCCUCACUAAGAUGAAGGAGAUUUCUGAGGCUAAGCUCGGCAAGACCGUGAAGAAGGCUGUUGUUACCGUUCCCGCCUACUUCAACGACUCCCAGCGUCUGGCCACCAAGGAUGCUGGCUCCAUCGCUGGCCUCGAGGUCCUCCGUAUCAUCAACGAGCCUACCGCCGCCGCCAUUGCUUACGGUCUUGACCGCCAGUCAAGCACGGAGAAGAACGUCCUCAUCUUCGACUUGGGUGGAGGAACUUUCGAUGUCUCGCUCCUGAACAUCACUGGUGGUGUCUUCGCCGUUAAGGCGACUGCUGGUGACACCCAUUUGGGUGGUGAGGACUUUGACAACAACCUCCUUGAGCACUUCAAGAAGGAGUUCCAGAAGAAGACCAGCCUCGACAUCUCCGACGAUGCUCGUGCGCUCCGUCGUCUUCGCUCUGCUUGCGAGCGUGCCAAGCGCACCCUCUCCAGUGUCGCUCAGACCACCGUUGAGGUCGACUCGCUCUUCCAGGGUGAGGACUUCUCGGCGAACAUCACCCGUGCUCGUUUCGAGGAGAUCAACGCUUCCCUCUUCAAGUCCACCAUCGACCCCGUCGAGCGCGUGCUGAAGGAUGCGAAGAUGCCCCGCGAGAAGGUCGACGACAUCGUCCUUGUCGGUGGUUCGACCCGUAUCCCCAAGGUCCAGUCGCUCGUCUCUGAGUACUUCGGUGGCCGCCAGCUCAACAAGUCCAUCAACCCCGAUGAGGCUGUUGCGUACGGUGCUGCCGUCCAGGCCGCUGUCCUUACCGGCCAGACGUCGGAGAAGACCCAGGACCUCCUCCUCCUCGACGUCGCUCCCCUCUCCCUCGGUGUCGCCAUGCAGGGUGACAUCUUCGGCAUUGUCGUCCCCCGCAACACCCCCAUCCCCACCAACAAGUCUCGUGUCUUCACCACCGUUGAGGACAACCAGACCACCGUCACGUUCCCCGUGUACGAGGGUGAGCGGACACAGUGUCGCGACAACCGUCUGCUCGGCGAGUUCGAGCUUAACGGCAUUCCCCCCAUGCCCCGCGGGCAGGCUGAGCUCGUCACCACCUUCGAGGUUGACGCGAACGGUCUCCUCAAGGUCACCGCGCAGGACCGUGCAUCUGGCCGCAAGGCGCAGAUCUCGAUCACGAACUCCGUUGGCCGUCUCUCGUCAGCUGAGAUCGAGCAGAUGAUCAAGGACGCUGAGCAGUACAAGCAGGCGGACAAGGACUUCAGCGCACGGCACGAGGCGAAGGCGGACCUCGAGAGCUACAUCCACCAGGUCGAGAGCACGAUCACGAGCCCCGAGAUCGGCAUGAAGAUCAAGCGUCAUGCUAAGUCGCAAGUCGAGUCCGAGCUCGCGCGCGCACUCGAGAAGCUCGAGAUCGAGGACUCAACGGCGGACGAGCUCCGCAAGGCGCAGCUUGGCAUCAAGCGCGCCCUCCAAAAGGCGACCGCUGGUAUGCGGUGA